GGGUCACAGGAGGCACUUCAUGUGAAGCAAACGUCUAACAUCCCCGUCCUUGCAGGGAGGUGACCGGAUCCACGUCUUCCUCUACUAACAGCAACGCCAUCGCUUUUCUUUUCCUUUUUUUUUAAAAAAAAGAAAAUUAUUCUCCGUUGCUCGCCGUUAUUUCUUAGUGUCUUUUUUUAUUUUUUAUUUUUCCAAUCAUUGUCCGUUCUUCGCCGUUCCAUUCUUAGCGCUCUCUCUGUCACAGAGAGAGAAUUCACACCCACACACAGAAAGAGGGCUCUUCGUCCAAUAGGGCUUUCAUCUCGAUCGAUAUCUUCCCAUUUGCAUUAUGGCUAGCAAACGAAUUCAAAAGGAACUUCUAGAUUUGCAAAAAGAUCCUCCAACAUCAUGCAGUGCUGGACCUGUUGGGGAGGAUCUAUUCCAUUGGCAGGCAACAAUUAUGGGUCCUGCUGAAAGCCCUUUUUCAGGAGGGGUCUUCUUUGUGAAAAUUCAUUUCCCUCCUGACUAUCCAUUCAAGCCUCCCAAGGUCAACUUCCAGACCAAGGUUUAUCACCCAAAUAUCAACUCCAAUGGCAGCAUCUGCCUUGACAUCCUCAAGGAGCAGUGGAGCCCUGCCCUGACCAUCUCAAAGGUUCUCUUGUCAAUCUGCUCUCUCCUCACAGACCCCAACCCCGAUGAUCCCCUUGUCCCUGAGAUUGCCCACAUAUACAAGACUCAGAGGUCCCGCUAUGAGGAGACUGCCAGAGCAUGGACCCAGAAGUAUGCCAUGGGCUGACAUCCUCCAAUCUGGAAAUAAAAUUGCGAGGUAAAUGAACAUCAUGUUGUGAGAACUAGGACAAACUAGUUUCUUAUCUUGUGAUGUCUAAGAUGGCUUUGCCAGAUGAAAAGAAGUUAGCACUGCAUGUGUGUUUCUGUAUAAUACCGUGGAAUUGGAUUACUGUGGUAUAUAUGAAUUUUGUAUGUGGUUCUGUUCCAUACUUUAAGUACAUCUGGCAUGUCGUGCAGGUAUUUCUUUGCUUCAAAGCAUUACGUAUAUAUAUAUCUUAGCUAUCUGUCA